AUGUCCAUGGGCCUGGAGAUCACCGGCACGUCGCUGGCCGUGCUGGGCUGGCUGGGCUCCAUCGUGUGCUGCGCGCUGCCCAUGUGGCGCGUGUCCGCCUUCAUCGGCAGCAGCAUCAUCACGGCGCAGAUCAUCUGGGAGGGGCUGUGGAUGAACUGUGUGGUCCAGAGCACCGGGCAGAUGCAAUGCAAGGUGUACGACUCGCUGCUGGCGCUGCCGCAGGACCUGCAGGCGGCCCGCGCGCUCAUCGUCGUGGCCAUCCUGCUGGCCGCCUUCGGGCUCUUCGUGGCGCUCGUGGGCGCCCAGUGCACCAACUGCGUGCAGGACGAAACGGCCAAGGCCAAGAUCACCAUCGUGGCGGGCGUGCUCUUCCUGCUGGCCGCGCUGCUCACCCUCGUGCCGGUGUCCUGGUCGGCCAACACCAUCAUCCAGGACUUCUACAACCCGCUGGUGCCCGAGGCGCAGAAGCGCGAGAUGGGCGCCGGCCUGUACGUGGGCUGGGCCGCCUCGGCGCUGCAGCUGCUGGGGGGCGCGCUGCUCUGCUGCUCCUGCCCGCCGCGCGACAAGUACGCGCCCACCAAGAUCGCCUACUCGGCGCCGCGCUCCGCCGGGCCCGGCACGACCGCGGGCACCGCCUACGACCGCAAGGACUACGUCUGA